GCGUAGUUUAUUAUUAGAUGAGUGUCAUGAACCAGACAUUUUGGAUAUAGGAAGGCUGCAACAAAUUUGUUGCAGCGGUUCUGGUGGCCCACAAUGAUGAAGGAUGCGAAGCUGUACAUGGAGACUUGUCAAGUCUGUCAGCGAGACAAGCCACGUACCCAGGCCCCUCUUGGGCUUCUUAAGCCCCUUCCGAUUCCGGAAAGGCCCGGUGAGAGCCUGUCCAUGGACUUCAUGAAUACGCUGGUCACCAGCAAGAGCGGAAGGAGACACAUCUUUGUUUCUGUGGAUAGGUUUAGUAAGUAUGCUAGGUUAGUUGCCAUGCCAGAAACAGCGAAAACCGAGUACGUAAUCAGACUAUUUAAGGAAAACUGGGUCCGAGACUUUGGACUGCCAAAGUCUAUUAUCAUUGACUGGUAUGUCAGAUUCACAAGCAGGUUGUGGAAGGCUGCAGCUGCAGAACAGGGUACCCAGUUACAAAUGACUUCCGGGAACCAUCCAGAAGCAAAUGGGCAAGCAGAGCAGCUGAAUCGCGCUGUUCAACACCGGCUGAGGCAUUACAUCAAGCCUAAUCAGGUGGACUGGGAUGAGAAACUUGCCCUCACCGCCACUCUCUAUAACAACACCGUGCACAGCGCAACAGGGGUGAGCCCCAACAGCCUGCUACUGACUUUUAAACCUAGACUGCCAUUAGAUUUUCUCUUACCUGAGAAUCAGCCUGCUGCUGCACCAGGCACUCUAGAAUUUGCUUAUCGAUAUGAACACCUGAUUCAGCAAGCUGUAGAACAGAUGCACAAGGCACAGGCGGCGAUGAUAGAGUCUAAGAACAAACAGCACCGCCCAUCUACAUUUCAGGUAGGGGACAGGGUCUGGGUCAAGUCCUCAGAAUCGGGACAGGAGCAAGGCAUCUCCCGCAAGCUCAUGCCACAGUACUUUGGACCAUGGCAGGUUCUCGAUAUUGUCGGGGGUGAUCUGGAUGGGCCGUCAUAUGUAAUUCGGAUUCCUGGUCACCUUCGUACUUACCCUGUCUUUCAUGCCUCCAAACUUGCACCUUCCAAGGAAACUGACCAGUUUCCCUCUCGUCGCUCAAUACUGCCCCCAACCAUGGAUGGAGAGGUCGACAUCGAUGACAUCGUGGACCACAGGGAAAUGCCAGUUCCAAGACCAACAGGCAGGGAACGUCCUCUUAAGCCGAAGCUGCAGUAUCGUGUUCGGCUCAGACAUCACACUGAUCCUAAGGAGGACAGAUGGUUUACCAGGGAGGAACUGAUGCAGACCGCUCCACAGGCUGUCGCUCACUACGAGAAGUCACUACAGAAAGGAAAGCGCCAGAUUGAGUAAUGGGACUUCUCAGAGGACUGUCGAAGUAUGGAGGAGGGAAUGCGAGGCUCCAGGCCUCGAUAUGCCCUACUGGGCCCUAUUUUCAGU